CGGCGGCGGGGCGGGGGGAGUUAUAUUGCGGGGUCCUUCCUCGCUCACCCUGGUUCCUCUCGGAGCGGAGACGGCAAAUGGCGGACUUCGAUACCUACGACGAUCGGGCCUACAGCAGCUUCGGCGGCGGCAGAGGGUCCCGCGGCAGUGCUGGUGGCCAUGGUUCCCGCAGCCAGAAGGAGCUGCCCACAGAGCCCCCCUACACAGCGUAUGUAGGAAAUCUACCUUUUAAUACAGUUCAGGGCGACAUAGAUGCUAUCUUUAAGGAUCUCAGCAUAAGGAGUGUGCGGCUAGUCAGAGACAAAGACACAGACAAAUUUAAAGGAUUCUGCUAUGUAGAAUUUGAUGAGGUGGAUUCCCUUAAGGAAGCCUUGACAUACGAUGGUGCACUGUUGGGUGAUCGGUCACUUCGUGUGGACAUUGCAGAAGGCAGAAAACAAGAUAAAGGUGGCUUUGGAUUCAGGAAAGGUGGACCAGAUGACAGAGGAAUGGGUGGCCCUGGAGAAUCUAGAGGUGGAUGGGAUUCCCGGGAUGACUUCAAUUCCGGCUUCAGAGAUGACUUCUUAGGAGGCAGGGGAGGGAGUCGCCCAGGUGACCGGCGAACAGGCCCCCCAAUGGGGAGUCGGUUCAGAGAUGGCCCUCCCCUUCGAGGUUCCAAUAUGGACUUCAGAGAACCAACAGAAGAGGAAAGAGCACAGAGGCCACGGCUCCAGCUGAAGCCUCGAACAGUUGCAACGCCCCUCAAUCAAGUAGCCAAUCCCAACUCUGCUAUCUUCGGGGGAGCCAGGCCCAGAGAGGAAGUCGUUCACAAGGAGCAAGAAUGAGCUUGCGGUUGGGAGGGAAUGGGGUGUGGGGGAGUUAGCUCGAGACCACAGCCUGGCCAGCCCCUUGGGCUGGCAGUCCUGCAGCCACCAUUCCUGCGCCUGACCUUUGUCCUCCUUUCUUAAAACGGAAACACAGCUUGUGAGCGCAUGUCAGCAGUUAACAAGUGGUUUUUAGUACAUUCUUGGCUUUGCUGAACCUAUCUAGUGCCUGUUUCGUGCUUUUUUUUUUUUCUGCCAUUCCUUUCGCCUUUUCCUUCUGUCUUUUCUCCUUCCUGCUUCUUGUUUCUUUCCAGUACAUGAGUGUCUCCUGAGGGACAAAGCAGCCACCCAUGGGCGUUCUCUGGAUGGAGGUGCUGCUCCAUUUUUCUCCUUUGCUUUCUCUCUUUACUUUAGAGCACUGGCCAGACCCAGGUGUUUCUUUGAUUUUUCUCAGCGCUUCUCUUCUAACCUGCAUGUAGAGUUCUGUAUUGCUGUGGCUUCCAUGGGGAGGGGGAAAAAGAUAAAGAGGAAAAAAAAAAACAAAACAGGAAAGAAAUCACAAAUUGGGUAGCAUCUUUAUUCCGCUGUGAUCAACAUACAGAAUUUAAGGCACCUUGUUUUCAAAGCAAGAGUAAAAUACCUGUUGAUCCUUGCAAAUUCCUUCCUAUUCCUAUUUAUAAGCAACCCUGUCUCUGUUACUCCUGCCCAGAACAGAUUCUUCAAGCAGAAGAGGCUCUCAAUUCAAACAUGGAACCCAAAAGAAGGGGAUAGGGGUGUGGAGUGUUGGUGAGGAACUUGGAUCAGGCCAGCUGAGCACAUUGCUAUGUUCACACCUGCCAGUGUCCCAGGCUGCUCCCCUCCUCCCUGGCAGUAGUAGAUGUGCCUCUGGCCGGCUAGACACAGAACCUCCAUCUGCUAUCCCUCCUGCUGGCCAGGGUGCUGUGGGGGCACUGAUGGGUGGCCGUGGCAGAGCCGUGCCAGGGCUGCACUGCCCCUCCUCAGAUCCCCGCCGUGCGUGGGUCCCGCCUCUCUUCCUUGAAUUUGUCUGUCCCCCAGUGUAACAGUGAGAUACUGUGCUUCCCACCUUCCCUGAGUUUUAUAAUGAAAAUGGGCCUAAAAUCUGGCACUUUAUUGUUUCACUUAAUGAAUUGAGGAUUCUACUAUGCAGAACUGUCCAGAACCUUCAGAUAGCUGGUAGGUGGCUGUCUGUCACUGAGUCUCCUCUUUGGGACAAAGUUUCUUGAUCCCACACACACUGUUCGGCACUUGGCCAGGGGCCCGGCAGUGUGCUGGGCCUUUGCCUUUGGGCUGGAACACACCUGUAUGUGAACAACUUCCAGUUCCGCAGCACUGAGCCCUGCUCCUCCCCUUGGGAGCAGCUUGGGGCCUGCCAGCAGCUAGAGCCUGGGGAAGAGACCCUGGUGACCAGGAGCCACAGGGUAGCCCGGCCUGGGCGGCACACUGGGCUGCGGCAGUGCUCGUCACCAGCUGGCUGCCUCGGCUUCUCUUAACCGUGUCUUUGUCCCAAGGUCUCAGCAAUUACAGAACUCUCUCCCCUCCUUCCUUUCCCCCUGCCACCUCUGCUUCUGAAAUAAGAACCAUUUGUGUGACACCAAUACUUAACUUAAGAAAGACAUGCAUUAUGUGGUUGUAAUCAAACCUGAUGCUUUCAGAUGACCUACUUACAUCUUCAAUGUGGAAAAGAUUAAGAACAAAACAAAAUCAUCUAAACUUCUGGGCCAUCCAGUUGACUUUUAAAACGUAAGAAUGGAAUUCCAAACACUUAACACAUUCAGCUAUAUGACAGAAAGUAAAUCUAUGGAUAUGGUAUUUUGUGAAUGAUCUUUUAAAUAAAAGAAAACCUUACGUAAUAUUUAA